AUGGAAGAUAUAUCAAGAGAGGAGGAAUUAUUUGGAUCAUAUUUAAUUAGUUUAAAUAAAGGUGGUAAAUUGAAAACAGAAAUCGAAAAGAUUGAUAAUCUUGGGCAAUUACAACCACUUCCUGAAAGAAGAUUUAAACUAUUUCAUGUACCAGACCCAAAUUUAAUACUCCCAGAACUAGCUGGCGGAAAUAAUUUUAUGUUACCGCAUAUUUCAGCUAAAUUAAAACUUGCAAAUAAAAAAAAUUUUUCUGAUGGUUUGGUUGCUAAAAAGAAUAUUAAUCAGGGGGAUGUUUUAUUGCUUGAAAAAGCCGCGAUUCUUCCAAAUCAUCCUCAAUAUGAAAUACCUGCUAGGGAAGAUAUUUAUCGAUGUCAUCAUUGUUUGAAAGCUAUUCAAUAUUUCGUAACUUGCCCUGGUUGCGAUGUUAUCUUCUUUUGUGGAUAUAACUGUCGUUAUUAUUCAUGGAACGAAUAUCAUCGUUGGGAAUGUUUUGGACUGCAAAGAGGUUUUUUCCCUAAAAACGACAUUCAUUACGUUGCAAUGCGAAUGCUUUUCUUUGAGUUGCAAUUUAAUUGCGUUGAAGUCGUUGUGUACUUAUUAGUUCAUACCAGCUUUUUUGAGUGGAUCGUUCAAUUUCCAAAGUACAAAAAUAAAGAUCAAUUCAAAUUGUAUUCGAUUAUUGGAGGAUCUUUAUUAAAGUAUUAUUAUCAAUUCCAACAAAAUUCGAUUCAAAUCAAACAAGUUUUAUAUCAUGGAAUUCCUGCGCAGAAUAGAGCUGAGUUUAUUGCCGAUGCGAUUUUUCUUUCUACACGAUAUUUUCUUAAUGAUCCUCAUCCAAAUACAGAUUGGUUCGUUUUAGGUAAUUAUUUAGUAAUAAAAGCGAUUAAGGAUAUUUCUGUUGGUGAUAAAAUAACUGUUAAAUGGAGAACUGACGUAAAUGAUUGUUGUUGUAAGAAAUGUUUUAACGCUGCCUCUUUGAAUGUUUUUAAAUGUUUCCAUUGUGAAAAAACUGUUAAACCGAUUGAAAAAAGUGACUGCGAAUUCUAUUUAAACCUCAAAUAUAUGGAAAGUAUAAGUAAUAUUGAAAAAAAUAUAGCGUUUAUAUGUAACAAAUGCAAAAAAAUAAGUGCGUUGAGCGAGUAUAAAGAAAUUUUUGUGUACAGUCAACACAAUAUAGAUGUUUUAUUUAGUAUGGUUACAUUUUUAAAGAAAUAA